AGACCAGAAAUCAUACCAAUCAAUGGGUGAUGCGAGAACUCUCCAUUCCGUUGGCAAGACUCGGAAUCCGUUGGGAUGCACCUAAAUAUUUUAGUAACUUGGAGCUUCAUCUUAUUAUUUCCUCCGCGCCAGCCUAAGCACCGCGUGCUGGGACUCGGUUUCCUGUUUGGCGGUUGGCGAUCAAAACACUGAUCCCCAUGCCAUGGCCAAGCAAAUGAAGGCACCUCCGGGGGAAACAAGCACGACAGCAACCACAAGUACCCUAAGCAAAGUGUUCCUACGGGAAUGGGUUCUAGUCGGCAUGCUAAUUUUCGGGGGUUGCUGCUCCAAUGUCUACACGUUGGAGUUGCUGGUAACUCAUGCACCCAAGAGUGGACACUUGAUCACAUUGGCGCAAUUCCUUGUUGUGGCCGUAGAAGGUUUCCUCUCGAACCUUGAGUGGGGCUGGGGGCCAGCUCUUGGACAUGCAUCUGGUCCAAAGUCUUUCCUUCCUCUUCGGCUGAAGGAGAGGAAGAUUCCAAUCCGCUACUGGAUCGGAAUGGUCGUGUUAUUUUGGACAGUAUCGGUACUGAACAAUGCCUCCCUCGGAUACAAUAUUGCGAUGCCGUUACACAUUAUCUUUCGAUCGGGCUCCCUGUUCGUUAGCAUGGUUUUCAGCUGGUUAUUUUUUGGAAAGAUAUUUUCUCGGCAACAGAUAUUAGGAGUACUGCUUGUUUCCGUUGGUGUCGUGAUAUCUACCUACAAUUCCGCGGGCACGGGAGAAUCAACCAGUCAACCAUUUCGUCAAUGGCUCACUGGCAUUGGGCUAUUGACUCUCGCCCUCGUCUUGGCCUGUCUCCUCGGUCAGUUACAACAGCUCACUUACACCAAAUUUGGAAGGCAUUGGCGAGAAGGUCUCUUCUAUACCCACUUCCUCGGCAUGCCUGCUUUCCUCCUGUUUUACGAUGAUAUACGAACCCAGAUAAUUGAAUAUAACAGCUCCCCCCUUGUAUCCUUGAUAGAGGCAGUGGAACCUUUCUUGGUAACCUGGCUUCCCUCGAGCGUAUGGACCGCGUUAAAUAGGGGACCAUGGCUUCAAGUCCGUCUGCCCAGCAUGUGGCUUUAUCUGUUGUUGAAUACUGCAACGCAAUACGUGUGCAUUUCAGGAGUACAUCGUUUAAGUUCUAUGGCUAGCUCCGUGACGCUCAACAUGAUCUUGAGCGUCCGGAAAUUUGUGAGUCUCCUGCUUUCCAUACUCUUAUUUAACAAUCACUUCUCAAUAGGCCAUUGGUUUGGAGCAGCUGCUGUGUUCAUAGGGACAGCUAUUUAUAGUGGAAUAGGCGGAUCCCCCAAUACUACCACCGUAAAAGUAAAAUCUAAAUAAUAGACUACUUUAGACAUCCUCGCAGUCUUGGUGUAUCCGACAAUAUCA